AUGGCGGCCGUUUCUUCAAGUGUUUCGCCAUCCCUUCGCUGCUUGAGAUCUGCAUGUCCCGAUUCGUCUCCCGCUCUCGUAUCCUCGACGCGGGUGUCGUUCCCGACGAAGAUUUCGUAUCUCUCCGGUAAAUCUUCCAAUCGUGGCGAUGAAAUGGGUAAGAGAAUGGAGCGAUUCGUUAGAAGCGUCGAUGGGAAAACAUCUGACGCAUCUUUCUCCGAAGCUUCGUCUGCAGCUCCAAAAUCGAAGGUGAGGAAGCACACAAUUUCAGUAUUUGUUGGAGAUGAAAGCGGAAUGAUUAACAGGAUUGCAGGAGUAUUUGCAAGGAGAGGAUACAAUAUUGAGAGUCUUGCUGUUGGCCUAAACAGAGACAAGGCUCUUUUCACCAUAGUUGUCUGUGGAACUGAAAGGGUACUUCAGCAGGUCAUCGAGCAACUCCAGAAGCUCGUUAAUGUUUUAAAGGUUGAAGAUAUCUCAAGUGAGCCGCAAGUGGAGCGUGAACUGAUGCUUGUGAAAGUGAAUGCACAUCCAGAAUCCAGGGCAGAGAUCAUGUGGCUAGUUGACACAUUCAGAGCACGGAUUGUAGAUAUUGCGGAAAAUGCACUGACUAUUGAGGUAACUGGAGAUCCUGGGAAAAUGAUUGCUGUAGAAAGAAAUUUGAGAAAGUUUCAGAUCAGAGAGAUUGCCAGGACUGGAAAGAUAGCACUGAGAAGGGAAAAGAUGGGUGCUACUGCUCCAUUUUGGCGAUUUUCAGCAGCAUCUUAUCCAGAUCUCAAGGAGCAAGCACCUGCGAGUGUUCUUCGAGGUAGCAAAAAAGGAGCUACGGUCCCUCAAAUUGAAACAACAGCAGGGGGAGAUGUUUAUCCUGUUGAGCAAAAUUCUGACCUCAUGGUACAUCGUGUUCUCGACGCUCAUUGGGGACUUCUCACGGAAGAAGAUACGAGUGGACUACGGUCACAUACUCUAUCUUUGCUUGUAAACGAUGCUCCAGGAGUCCUUAAUAUUGUUACUGGCGUUUUCGCUCGAAGGGGAUACAAUAUUCAGAGCUUGGCUGUAGGACAUGCUGAAACCAAGGGCAUUUCACGCAUUACAACAGUUAUUCCUGCAACAGAUGAAUCAGUCAGCAAAUUGGUGCAGCAGCUUUAUAAACUGGUAGAUGUGCAUGAGGUCCAUGAUCUUACUUAUUUCCCAUUUGCUGAAAGAGAACUGAUGCUGAUUAAGAUUGCUGUGAACGCUGCCGCGAGAAGAGAUGUUCUGGACAUUGCUAGUAUUUUCAGGGCAAUAGCUGUUGAUGUAUCCGAUCAUACAAUUACUUUGCAGCUUACUGGGGAUCUAGACAAGAUGGUUGCUCUACAAAGGUUGUUAGAGCCGUAUGGUAUAUGCGAGGUUGCAAGAACAGGGCGUGUGGCAUUGGCUCGUGAAUCGGGAGUGGACUCCAAGUAUCUUCGUGGUUACUCUUUUCCUUUAUCCGGUUAA